AUGAGCAUUGUGCGUUAUGGCAGCGGCACCGUCAACGACGACAAAUACGAAAGUUACGCCAUACAAUGCUACCAGUGCAAUAAUCAGUCAGGCAGCUGCAACGUCGGCGAAUGUACCGGACUAGCAUGCAUCAUGAUCGAGGCCGUUACCGCAAACCGCAAGAAGUCAGUGCGCAAGGGCUGCACGCAGAUCAUCGACCGACCGCGCUGCGUGCGCGCCGACAUCACCGGCAUCGAGGCAAUCCAGUGCAUAUGCAACACUCAGUUCUGCAACGGCGACGACGAGUUGGUGAGGAACGGCCUACGUCAGGAGGAGCCGAACGUCGCCGUAGCGGUCACCGCCGCGUCGGCCGACCGCAGCAAGAGGACGAGCUUCGGCGUAGGCGGUAGCGGCAGCCAGUUCAGCGCCACGUUGUCCGGCAACUCGAUCGCCAUGCUUAUCCUCAUCUGUCUGUUUAUCACCGGAUCGUUCACACUGCUCAUAUUUAACACAUGGUGUGCCGCGUCGUUCAUCUGUAUCCUGCAUAUGCAAACCGUUGUGUAA